CGUCAGCACGAGUGGGGGUGUCGAGCCAGUCAGGGGCAGGUAAACAAACCUGUCCGCGACUGGGACGGCGAGCCAAACAAAGCGAAUUACCCGUAUGACAGUGGUGGUUUUUUUUUUUUUACAUCAGUGGCGAUGGCGGAGACGUACGAAAGGCUUAUUAUACGUCUGUUGUGCCGCGGCUUCAAUGGAAUCAAAGACAAUGUGUUGCCUGGGAGAAGCGACUAAGAAAGACGGAAGCGACGCGAUGUCCACAAGCGGCUGUCGACAGUGACGCAGGAUGCACUGCAGCACUUUUGGCAAAAUGGAUGUUUACCUCCUCGUUCUCAGAGUGGAACCUACGAUUCUCCGUUUCAGACCGAGCGUGAGUUAGAUCUAGUCUUCAAAUGACCGCCACCGAACUGCAACAUGGGGCCCAUCAUACAGGAGCGCGCCGCAUCCACGACGCUGCAGGAACACGUCGUUUGCAAGGAGAAGGUCCGAGUGAAAAACACUGAACAUAGCGGACCAAACACCAGUUUGAAGAAAGGCAAGCAGAUGAAGAAAGCAGCGGGCCAAGGGAAGAGUGGCCAGCCAGGACUGAGUCAGGAUCGAAACAACGUCGGAGCAGUGCAGAAGGGUUCACAGCAGAGGAGUUCCAGGUUGAAAGCUGGCACGUCUCGGAAUACAAGCAAAUUCUCCAGCCCAGCAGAGGAGCGAAAUGUGCUCCGACACGAAGAGAGGAGGACGUCCCACUGCAGCACUCCGCUACAGCAGAAUCAUCACCGAGGGAUGGGUAAAAAUCGCCACGAUCUCUCUCUCCCGCUGUCUCCUAUAUCAGGACUACGACACACGCCGGAGCACCCGUUGACGCAUUCCCCCACCCCUAUCCUCGAGGCCCUUCACGACCCCUACAAGGUUGACGACAGCGACAGUGCCAGUGACCUGUCCGACUCGGAGAGGCUGCCCGUGCUGCCGUCGCCGUGCACUCCGUGCACACCGCCUCAUUUGAACCUCAGAGCGGAAGUCAUCAGCUGUAACGAAUUUCCACCGGACAUCCCAGGACCACAUGGGGAUGGCGGCGGUGGCGGUGAAGACAAGAACGAGAGUGAGACAUCUGCCCACUCUUACCCAGACUUUCUGCCUCCACCCUUCAACACCUGGAGCCUUCGACAGCUUGCGGUGUUUCUUCACACAGAGGGUCGUGGUGCUCCCAGGCCCAAGCCCGUGGGGCCUUUGGAGAGGUUCCUGGAGAGACUACUGCAGCUGGAGUGGCUCCAGAUCCAAACAGUGCAGACAGAAAUCAGCCGUCCGCCUGGGAGACCACAGGUCACGGCAGGUCACUCACCCAGACCUCACACAGCUCCAUCAUCACGACUGAAUUCCCCAAAAGGGCCGCGACAGAGCCAGCGAGCCUUCCCGUGCGUCAUCAAUCCACCAUCGCCUGCCUCUGCUGCCACCCAACACCAGCUCCCCCGCCUCCCGGUGUGCCCACACUGUCACCUUCGCUAUCCGCUGUGUAACGGGAGUUGUUCAGCUUACGCCUACCAGCGCCACUCACGUCUCAGCCCACUGCUAGAGCGUACAACCCGACCGGGUGCGCCCAUGAAGAGAAGUUGCAGUGAGACGCAAGAAGCUACCAAAGAAGGUAGGGGCCAAGGAGCACAAGGCGGAGGCGGGGCGCAGUUUCCUUUGAGCCCCUCGGUUGGAAGACGCCAUCUCAGGCACAUGCAGGCAGUAGGCAACGCCAGAAGGCAAGCGCAGGAAUCUGCAACUACCCCAAAUGGUAAAAGUCAUAUGAAGAAGAGCCGAGUCAGAGCUAACUCUGUGACCGAUGUUAAAAAGGACCCGAAUGAGGUCAAAGCAGUCGGAGCAGACAAACGGGUCCUUGGGUCUGGUAAGAAAGACGCCAAGAAAUCAGAUAGGGAGGCAGGAGAUCAGCCGUCAAAGUCCACCGUGAAAAAAUCUGCUAAAGAACCACAGUCUAUCUCCAAGGUUCCACCCAAUGUCGGCAAAACAAAAAACAUCCAAUCUGCUGCUAAGUAACGCUUCUAGGCCUGUAGUGCUUUACUCCCGUGGUCACUUGGCAUGCUAGCUUCAACCUAAGCUCGCUUUCUGUGAAAUUCUAACAUGUUAUAAUGUUAUGUCGCAGUCAUGUAACAAUAUAACCAUCAGGACCUUUAAAGCACAUGACUUGAAACAGUAAUUUAAGAUCACAAUGUUUCACUGUAGGCUAAAUGGAGGUUAUUAUGCAUUGCCUCCAAAAUCUGAAUACUCAGCUUCAUGCAACUGGACCCAAACUGCACAGCGUAGCCCUUUCUUGUUAUGCUAAUCAUGCAACUGGACCCAAACUGCACAGCGUGGACCUUUCUUGUUAUGCUAAUAAUGUUGAAAAUCAAAUGGGCAUCUAGUGGCCAGCUUUCAGCAUAAGUUCCAUCGUGAAGGUUACCAACAACUGAUAUAUUUCCAUCACUAAAUAUGAUAAUAGACAUCCAUUACCAGUGGGGAUCUUAAUGUAGAAAUGUUUUUGUUUUCAUUUAUUUAUUUUUCUAUUUAUUAUUUUUUAUUGCUUCAGUUUGCUUUUUGGUGCCUCAUUUUUUAGACGUGUUAUUUGUCUGAGAAGCGAGUAUAUGAAGAAAUGGCAGCAUGCAGCAGGAAAGAAUGAAAUAGUUUUACAUUUUUGUUGAAAAGGGCUUUUUGUGUAUUAUCCCGCUUGGAUUGUUGUCUUUGAAAAUAUGAAAUAUAUUUUGCUGAGCUCUGUCGGAUUUAAAGACGGUGUAAUGUUUGCUAUGAAUGUAAAUGCAUAUUUUUCCAAAUUUUAUACACCAUAGUUCUAUUUAUGUAUGUGUUUGUUGUGGUUGACCUGUAUUUAUUAUUGUCAUCAUUAUGUUUACAUUUUCAUAAAACACACAAAAAAAAACGUAUGUCUACUGUGCUGAAUAGUUGUGAAUCCAAAAUACUGUAGUAAUGGAUGUAGCAGUAUUUUGCACAGUGUUUUGAGAUAAGAGCUGUCGGUCGGCUAAUUGUUGCGCUUUGAGUUGUAAGCAAAAAUUUGAGUUACAAGCAUCCCUGCCAUUAAUUGGCGUAACAAAUGUCAGAGUGAACCCCGUAAGAUCCGCCAAAAACAUCUGGUCCUACUUGGGAGCAUUAGCUUAGAGCUACAGAUCGACAUCAUUUUGUUUUUCAAACUUGGGACGAAAGAAACUUUUGUGUUCAGGACAGUGCUAAGAAGAAUCAGAUCAUAGUCAUUGACUUAAAAAAAAGGAAAGCAUUGAAAACGCAUUGCUAACUUGGUGACACAAUUUGAGCGUAUCACCAUACUGAAACAGAAUUUGUAACACCAGCCAAUAAUGUUGAAAUUGUAUCUCAACAGCGGACAUUAAUCCAUGAAAAUAUGGAAAGUCUACGUGUUUUGAAGAAGAAGCAGCUUGAAGGACAGACCGUAGAAGUCCACUCUCUUAGGUAAACACUACAUUAUUAG